UUUCCACACAAGAAGGAAGAUUGAAGAACUCUUCGUUAUUCCCAUCCAGUCAAUAUGGAGGAGAAUACAAGAGUCUUCGUGUCAGGCUUGCCGCCUACUUUUUCUAAUGAUGACCUCCGAAAACACUUCUCUACGCGGUACCAGGUUACUGAUGCACAUGUUAUCCCUAAACGAAGGAUUGGAUUUGUGGGCUUCAAAACCCCGACUCUGGCACAAGAUGCUGCCAAUUACUUCAAUAAGACAUAUAUAAGGAUGUCAAAAAUUGCAGUGGAGAUGGCACGACCGGAUUCAUGAAGCUGACCGAACUCUUAAGGUCGACGGUGAUUCCCCGGUAAGUGGGAAGCCAAAUUCAAGACAUGCCACAUCAGCCAACUCCACUACUCUCAAACGAAAACACGACCAAGUAGAACAGAAACAAGAUCCUAAGCUCCAGGAAUAUCUUGCCGCUAUGCAGCCGGCAAUGAAGUCAAAGACUUGGGCUGACGAUGGUAUAGUGGUUAUUACUAACGGGGUUUCAACGGAUAGUGCUCAAAUUCAACCGUCUAGCAAGACUGAAGAGCCUAACAUCAAAACAAAGCGGUUAAGGCCGGAUCAUAAGCCCGCUUUCAAAAAGCAGCAAAGGGAGCGGCCGAACAAUGUCUCAGAGGAUAAUUCUAUCGCAGAAAAAGCAAGGUCUAUCGAGCCUGAAAAUGAACCUGAGGCCACGUCUGUGGAAGAAGCGCCGAAGUCCGAUAUGGAUUGGCUGCGAUCGAGAACGAGUCGACUUCUCGGCCUGGUUGAAGAAGAUGAAGACGAAGGAGGUCCUAGCACCGCUCAAAUACGGGAAAUUGAGGAAAGCGAGGACAGUGACUAUGAAAGCACCAGGAGAGGGAAUGCGCAGGAGGCUUCGCCACCCGUUCAAAAAGAACCACCUAACCCAUCCGACAAGAAUGAAUCCUUUGACGCGAAUAUAGGCCAACUCCGUGAAACCGGUCGCCUUUUCGUUCGAAAUCUUCUCUAUAAUGCUAGCGAGAGUGACCUGGAGUCACUAUUCUCUCCCUUUGGAAAAAUCGAUGAGGUAAGCAUGCUUGUUGCUUUGUGUCAUUUCCGUUAAGUCUUUUGUUUUUCAUUGUAUGUGCACCGUUCCUGCAUCCACUGGCUCCAAUGAUGAUCGUCCAGAUAGGGACAGCUUAUGCUAUGCAUGUGAUGUUACCUGGAAAGAGUAUUUUAGUAGAUGCCUCUUAUAAUCUGAGAAGCCUAUCCUAUGGUCCAUGUUGCGUUUGAUACACGACAUUCUAAAAGCAAAGGCUUCGCGUACGUACAGUACGCGGACCCAGAGGCUGCCAUUCAGGCUUUCAAAACGCUUGAUGGGAAAGUUUUCCAAGGCCGUCUCUUGCACAUCUUACCGGCCUCAUCAAAAAAAACCUAUAAACUGGAUGAGUAUGAGCUUUCAAAAUUGCCUUUGAAAAAGCAACAACAAAUAAAAAGGAAACAAGAGGCCGCGUCGUCAAAUUUCAGCUGGAAUUCCCUAUAUAUGAAUGCUGAUGCAGUCAUGUCAUCUGUAUCUGAACGAUUGGGGAUUUCGAAAUCCGAGCUGCUUGAUCCCACAUCCUCUGACGCAGCAGUCAAACAAGCCCAUGCAGAAACGCAUGUGAUCCAAGAAACGAAGGCGUACUUCUCAUCACAUGGGGUGAACCUGGAUUCGUUCAAGAAGCGGGAACGAGGCAAUACUGCAAUCCUCGUUAAGAACUUCUCGUUUGGUGUUAAAGCUGACGAUUUAAGACAGCUGUUUGAACCUUUUGGGCAAAUUAAGAGGCUCCUGAUGCCUCCCAGUGGCACUAUAGCCAUUGUUGAAUUCGUCAUGGCAGACGAAUGCCAAAAGGCUUUCAAGGGGCUUGCGUAUCGAAAGCUGGGCGACUCAAUCCUGUUUUUGGAGAGAGCACCAAAGGACCUGUUUGAUGAAAAUGCGACUGCUACACGGGUUAUAGCACCUCCUCCAAAGGUGAUCUCGCAAACAUACUCAACUUCGGACAUUUUCAAGGCAACAGAAACGGAAGAAGCCGAGUCUCCGCUGGAGACAUCUACUCUUUUCGUUCGAAAUCUUAACUUUUCUACAACAAAUGCUCGUCUAACAGAGGUGUUCCAACCGCUGGAUGGAUUCCUGUCUGCUAGGGUAAAAACCAAAACAGACCCAAAGCGCCCAGGAGAAACUCUUAGCAUGGGCUUCGGGUUCGUGGAGUUCCGCUCAAGUGCGCAAGCACGCGCUGCCCUCGCGGCGAUGCAAGGCUACAAAUUAGAUCAACACGAACUUGUCAUCAAGGCCUCGCACAAAGCGGUGGAUGCUGCUGAGGAACGAAGGCGCCAGGAUAAUGCGAAGAAGUUGGCCAUGCGGGGAACCAAGAUCCUCAUCAAAAACUUACCAUUCCAGGCCACGAAGAAGGAUAUCAGAAACCUGUUCAGUGCAUAUGGCAAACUCCGGUCUGUCCGUGUGCCGCAGAAAUUCGACGGGACGGCUCGUGGCUUUGCAUUUGCUGAUUUCGUAAGUGCGCGCGAGGCGGAGAAUGCCAUGGAUGCUUUGAAGAAUACCCAUCUUCUGGGUAGGCGGCUGGUGCUGGACUUUGCUUCUGAGGAGGCUAUUGAUCCCGAGAAGGAGAUUCAGAAUAUAGAGAAGAAGAUGGAUGCUCAGGUGAACCUGGUGAAUCUUAAGAAUCUUACCGGGUCUGGGAGAAAGAAAUUCAAUGUCGAUGCUGGUGAGGAUGAGGAUGAGUGAACGAAUCGUAUUGUAUUGUUCUAUAUCCACAUGCUUCUUAUUUUUAGCCAAUCCCAGAAUGGAGUAAUAAUUUACUUCUUUCCGAGUCUUCCUCAUGCCUCUAUUCCACCGCACUCGAUUUUCUUGCAUCGAUUUUUCCAAGCCUGUCGGCCAGGGCGCUUUUCAAGAACUGGAAUCAAACCAAAAACUACCUUGUAUGGAAAGCGAAAAGUUUGUUUCGACUACAUGAUCUAGAGCAGAGGACAUGAAAGUAAAAGGAAAGGUGCUAACAUGAGGAGAGAUGUCAAUGAAACAAAUAGCGGGCUAUAGGACCUUAGCCAAUACAAACGAGAUAUGUCGAAGAUAUGUAUCUGCUCUAGAUAAAUUGAUGUAGCCUUGUGAGGGCAUUGGUAAUCCCCGAGGGAUAGCCGCCGCGUUGGGACCCUCGCUGAGCAUUGCUUUUUAAGCGAAGAUUGGGCAUGGGAUUCCGUACUAUAAUAAGAGCUAGGGGGUGAGACAAGCCACGAUCACUCCAUGCCCAUCAAUCUCAUUUCGCCAGGAUAUUUUCUACUUACGUUCAGGGGAUCGUUGAACCUAAGACCUCUAUUAAAAGCGCUAAUGGCGUCAAUCUCACUCUGAUCGAGGUUGAAAUCAUUGACACGCAGGUUCUCAAGGAGACGUGUCCCAGAGUUACUCUUAGGGAUGACAGCAAUACCUCGUUGCGUGGCCCAACGGAGGACGACCUGGGCAGCUGUUCUGUCAUGCUUCUGAGCAAUGGAUGUAAUAGCGGACUGAGAAAGUAGUCGCGGGGCUUCCAUCGCGAUCUGCAUACCCAGCUCAAAGAAGCUCGAGUUGGCAAGCGAAGAGUAGGCGGUAACAGUAAUUCCAUCGUCCUGAGCGAACUUGACCAAGAGGGAUUGAGUAAGGUAUGGGUGGUGCUCGAUCUGGAGAGUAGCUGGCCUGAUUCGUGCAUAGCGUAGUAAGUCCAUGAUGAGCUGGAUAUUGAAGUUGCUGAUGCCGAUGCUACGGGAUAGCUUCUUGUCGACAAGCUCCUCCAUGGCGCCGCAUGUUUGCUGGAUGGUUGCAUUACUGGUAGCGAUCGAACUCUUACCAUCGUUAAACCAGCCUGGGGGAUAGCGGACAUCGGGGUCCACAUAUUUCAGCGCAACCGGGAAGUGUACAAUAUAGAGGUCAAAGUAGUCAACGCGCCAGUCGGCCAGUUGUUUCCUCACAACGGGCCCAACCUGCUCAGGAUCGUGAAAAGUCUGCCAGAGCUUAGAUACGAUAAACAGCUCCUCCCGCUUGACAAUACCCUCCUAGAUGCCUCCUAGAUGGCCCAGGCAGCUCCUUGCCCCACUUCAGCUUCGUUCCCGUAGUCUGAUAUGUCGCAAAGUCACGGGUGUCAGCUCUCAUAUUGAUAGGCACAGGGGCUUUUAGGGGCUUUAGCGAUCGGGCCAGAAUUGAAAAGAAGAGUAGAAAAGGGAGUGUAGUGGGAUUUCUCUCUUUACCACAAGCACCAUCGAACAGGCGGUAACCGGUCUUUAUGGCGUUGUAGACCUGGUCGGCGCAGGUGUCUUUUUUUGAGCUUCUAGAGACCAAAGCUAACAAUGGGCAUGUCAAACCCGCUGUUCAGUUUUAUAUUCGGGACAGCCAUCUUUCUUCAAGAACUGGAUUUGGAAAUCGUAAUUGUUUCUCUAGUACGGAGUAAUCUUAGACGAGAGGCUGAUUAGGGUGAUUUGGGCGGAUAUCCCUGAUUAGACUAUUAAUCAAUCAAGAGGAGAACUGUUCGCACUAUGUAGGAAAUCGGGCAUGGGGUUAGGAAGCAAGUUAAAGGUAGUAAGGGAGGAGCAGAGAAUGCAGAUUGAGUUUUAUAUGUAUGCAUGGCAAUGAGAAUUUCUCAUAGCAUGAAGAGCCAUUCCAUUUUAACGAUAGCGUCAACGGCAUCCCCGCAGAAGCUCUCCAGGGAGCUUUUGAGAUUUGAGGUCUUCCAUGCCACAUCGGACUUCGAUACAUUCCACGCUACUCCGCGUAGCUGGCGGAAUUAUACUAACCUAUGACUAAAAAG